AUGGUGGAGCAAAAGGUGUACGACAUGGCGCGCGCGGUGGAGGAUUCCGUGGACGAUGAGCUGCAUCGAUUGGAAAAGAUGGACGGCGACGCGUUGGAGGAUAUUCGAAGGAAACGCUUGGAGGCGAUGAAAUCGACGCACGAAGCGCGGAAGAGCGCGCUGGAGCGUGGACACGGGGUGGUGAAUGAUUUAGAUGAUGAGAAAGCGUUUUUCGAAAAGAUGAAGGGAGAGGAUAAGAUGAUUGUACAUUUUUAUAGAACUUCGUCGUGGCCGUGCGAGGUGAUGGAUAAACACGUCGCGGCGGUGGCGAGGAAGCACACGGAGACGUUAGUCUGUAGAAUCAACGCCGAGAAGUCGCCGUUUUUGACGGAAAAGCUUAAAAUUUGGAUGUUGCCGACGCUCUGUCUGAUUCGUAACACCAAGGUUGUGGAUUAUAUUGUCGGUUUCGACGACGUCGGCGGGACGGAUGAUUUUCCCACAGAGCAUUUGCGUCUGGUGCUCGCUUCGAAGGGGGUGAUUAAUUACGAAGGUGGCGAUAACGACUGCGAUGCGAACCCGCGGGCGGCUAAGAAGGCGAUGAAUGUGAUAGAUAAGGCGACGAAUAUUCGUCGAGGGGCGAAGAUGGCGUUGAAUAGCGACGACGAAGACAGCGACUUCGAUUGA